CAUCCGUCGAGUUAUAUUCAUUCAUACAAUAAAUUAUGAGCAAGGAGAACAUCGAACCCGUGCGUCUGGCCACUGAUGCCCUACAAGCACAUGAAAGACUUCAUCUUCACUUAAGGCAGAGCCACAGGCAUACCAAUGUGUUUCAAAAGUCUGUCGACACCCUAGAACAGCUAAGGGAAAUUAAGGGGGAGCUGGAUGGAUCGGCCAAGAAUUUCGACAGUCCUCAAAUAUGUGAUGACUGCCUGAUCGAGCUGAAACAGCAGGUGCUUAUGCACACACCCUCCUCUGUGACCUCAGACAACAGGGACAGGUUCAAAGAUCUCAUUAGCAAGACAUUUGAAGGAAUAGAAGUACUGUCAGCCGUCCUUCUGACCUGCCCCUGGUACCAGGCCAGUCAGGAUGAACGUGGGGAGCAGGCUCGGCACAAUGUUCUAUUUAUAGUUUACCUGUCACAUGACCAUCAGUUUUUAGCCCCAGUAAAUCAGCACACCCUAAAUGAAAAAUUUGUUGAGGACAAGGGCUGGCUGUAUGCCAUAGAGUUGUAUCACUUUGUUCACUCCAUUGCGAAGGGUAAGGCUAGAUGUGUAGAGGUGCUAUACUGUCCUGACUCUGCUCAGCUUAUCCAAAAGGACCAGUGGAAACAACUGAAAAGUCAGCUGAACUACAACAAAGUCACAAAGCUGCGUGGGUAUGUGGAAGCGUGCAAGGGUCAGUCCAUCAGUGGCAUAGGGAAGAAAGGAAAGGAUGAAAAGUUUCGGCUGGUUGAAUCCACCACAUUUCAUCAAUUUUGUGAUAGCUUCAGGUUGAUGAACCAUUUAUACAAUGUGUCAGCUGACUUCCCACCAUGUACAGACGUCACAAAGAUAACAUGUCUUCCUGAUAUAGCCAUGAAAGGGAAAGAACUCCUUCACAAACUCUAUAAGGACCCAGACGUGUCAAAAAGAGACCUAUUUGAUGUACUAGUUCAAUGGAGGGAUUCUGUAACAGAGGAUCUGAAAAGUGUACAGUACACUGAUCAACUGGAGGUAGAUGAAAUCAUUUCAAAAUGGCAAUUAGAAACCAGAUUAAAAGGAAGACAGCUCAAUGUGCCAAAAGUGUUACCAGAUGAGCAUUCUUCAUUGACCACCCAAAUGCAAGAAAUAGGAGGACAGGUUGCUAAGUUACAACCAGAACAAAUCAUUCUGAUCGCCCAGGCUGGAAGUCACAUGUACGGCUUAGCCACGCCUACUAGUGACGUAGACUUCCUGGUGAUCUAUGCAGAACCCUCUCAGAAGGUGCUGGGCAGAUGUAAAGAAAUAAAGGAUAACUUUGAGAGCAGAGGGCCCUCCAAGCUUCUGGAGUAUGGUGCCUAUGAAGCUAGACUCUUUGGUGAAAUGCUAUUGAAAGGAAGUGUCAUCAUUUUAGAGCUAGUUUUUGGAGACAAUCAUAAUUAUAUGAGCCCUAUGUGGAAGGAGUUAGUAAAGCAGAGAAAAUGCUUUGUGACAGAAAAGGGAAUUCAGCAGUAUUUAGGGCUGAUACAAAACAAUUAUAAAAUGUUAGAUAAAGAGAGGGAGGUAGCUGCAAAGGAAAGGAAGCUUUUAUACCAGAUAUUCCAUAAGUCUGAUGCCGUAGAGAGAAUGAUGAAUGGAGAUAUACCCAAUGUCCGGUGUACAGGCGAACUCAGGGAAUUUAUAAUGAAUAUCAGAACACGGCCAUUAGAGAAUGAAUAUGACCGCAAUGUUCUGCUUACAAAGGCCAAACAAAAGAUUGAUGGACUUCUGACAAGUCUCGCAGCCAGGAAAACUCGUCUGAAAGAGAACAUGGAUUUCUGUGCAGUGACUGAGUGGUUACUACGUGUCCGAGGUCUGAACUGUCCCAGUGUCUGAGGCAUUGUGUAGGUUACAGUGGAUAUUGAAAAUAUUAGUCCAUGUACUGGUAUAUAUCAUGAUUCAAAACUUAAACAAUGAAAUGAAAUUCUGUGGCUCCAGUAUUCAAUAUUCAUUGAAUACCACCAAAUUUCGGGAAUUUCAUUGUUGUGUUAAUCCAUGAAAUUAAAUUAUCAUCAAAGGGGAAUAUUUAAUAACACUUUAUGUAUUGAUGGGGUCAUUGUCCAUGAAUUUACGUAUCCUUGAAACUUCGAUUUUCAUCGAAUCCACAAACACUGGCUCCCAUGAUUAUUGAUAAAAUCACAGAAUCGGAAUAUGUUUAGUGCAAUAAAUUCUACCCUAUUUGUAUAGUCUGAAAUGUUCAUAUUUGUUUCAGACAAACUAAAGGGUUUUUGAGGAACAUGCUUAUAAAUGUACUUAUAUUUUCAAUUUCUGUUAUAAAUUAUUGUUUUGUAUUUUUUUGAUAGACUUUAAAUAGAUUUAUCUUUUAUAUUUCUUUUUCUUUUAAAUAGUAUCAUUAUAAAUUCAUAUCAAAGACUGUUUUUGAAUGAUUAACUUUAAAUUAUCAUAUUAACAAGCAUCAUACACAUUAAUUUAACUUUAAUUUACUAGCCAAGGCUAAGAGAAUAGUUUUGGGUAGAGUGUUGGGAGAGAAAAUGGAAAAAAUAAAAGAAACGCCAAAAAAAAACCCAGGUUUUUUUUUUAUCAAUAUAUUAGUCAACUGCAACAAACAACGAUAAAAAAGAACGUUAUAUGUAAAUUUUCAUUUUGUACAAACUCUAGGGGUUUCAUUAUGUGCCAGACAAACUUGGUCUAACCCAGUAGAAAUUUUCACUUUUGAGGCAAUAUCCAAAAACACACACAGACAAACUGGCCAAUGGUUUUGUUCAUCAAUGUUUGUUUAUUUU